GACCAGGGAUACUCGGCACACUAUAAGAGGGAAACCACCACCAGGACACCAGCAUGUCUCUGUAACUUUAAGAGGGCUCCAAAUGUCCGUCCGGCUGCAGGAUUCAGGGUCUGAUGGACAAGUUUGACCACACCUCGCUGAAGAAGAUCGAGAAGAUCCGCAGCCUCCUGGAUCAGAACAAGGUCAAGCACCGCUCCGCCGACCAGGUGUCCAAACAGACCUACGACUACCUGAAGGACAAGCUCCUGAUCGAUGCUAGUGGGAACAACAACUACUACGACCUGGCCACGAAUCUCCGUACGAGAAUCACAGACAUGAAGAUCAAGAUCGACAGACAGCUGAGGGUCUUGGCCGGUCUGAAGGACCGCGUCAAAGACCAGGUGGUCGAGAUGCAGAGACUGGAGGUGGACAUUGAUAUCAAGCUGCGCUCCUGCAAAGGAUCCUGCUUGGGCUACUCUGAGCACCAGGUGGACAAGGAGAGCUACGUGGCACUGGAAAAACAGGUUGGACAGCUGGACAACAAGGCCCCUCAGGAGUCUGUCGGGACACUGUACGUGAUGAAGAGUAAGCCGCUGCAGGGGAUCUUAGUGGACAGCAUCUACAAGUCCAAGGACACUACAGGGCAGGAGCAACUAAAAUUGUUCGAUGAUGUGCCGGCAGUCCAGUUAAACCUGGUUGAAGAAGGUUCCAGCACGUCCCCAGCAACCGUCUCCAAAGUCCAAGGUACUUCCCUUUCUUCAUCUACAUCCGCAUCAACGUCCUCUGGCGGCUCCUCCGGUUCCCACUCCACAUCAUCUUCAUCCAUCACCGAUUUUUCUGGCGGUGAUUUAUUUAAUACGGGUGGCGGCCUCACAACCCACACAUCCACCUCAACCAUCACAUGCACCAAGCGCAUCAGAACCACUAUCGUCCACACAAAGGAUGGGCCAGUGGAAAGGGUGGAGGAGGUGAUGGAGGGAGGCCCUGAGUGCCAGGCCAUGGGUGACUUGGACUUUCCAGACAGCAGCCAUUCAUCCUCCUCCUCCUCCUCCUCCUCCUCCUCCUCCUCUUCCUCUAUGUCAACCAUGACAAGCAACAGCCACUCUGGUGGUGCCAAGGGGAGCCUCUUGGGUGAUUACAAAUCAAAUCCAUUUUCCGGGAUGGACCUCGGCGGGUUCAUGAUUGAUACCGGAGAAGAGGACGUUCCUGAUUUCCAAGCUCGGAGUGUGCAGAGCAGGCGCAUCCAGCGGGAGGCUGAUUAUGUAGGAAAAGAUUGCGUCCAAGCCUACCAGAAGCAUCUGCAAGGGGAAACGAACGGCCUGUUUAAGAUCAAACCGGGCGGCACAGACUCAACAGAGGUAGUGGAGGUUUACUGCCAGCAGGAGGGGCUAAUGGGAGGGUGGGUGUUAGUCCAGCAGAGAGAGAGCGGUACGAUCAGUUUCAACCGCACCUGGGCCGAAUACCGCAACGGGUUUGGCACGGUUGACGCUAAGGGCAAGGGGGAGUUCUGGCUAGGCAACCAGAACCUCCACCUGCUAACUAAUCAGGGUGAGACCAUGCUGAAGGUGGAGUUAGAGGAUUGGGAAGGGGGUGCAGCCAGUGCUGAGUACACCAUCAGGGUGGGCUCGGAGGAGGAGGGGUACCCGUUGCAUGUGUCCGGGUACACUGGGGAUGCUGGAGACUCUCUGGCGAUGCCCGGGUCUAAUAUGAGGUCUCAACUGGCCCCCAAUGGGAUGAAAUUUAGCACCUUUGAUAAAGACAAUGACAAGGCAGAGGAGAACUGUGCAGAGAUGUACGGGGGCGGGUGGUGGUACAACAACUGCCAGUCUGCUAACUUGAACGGGAUUUAUUAUAAGGGGACGUACGACCCGGAGCAAAACACGCCAUAUGGUGUUGAAAACGGCGUCGUCUGGGCGACCUAUAAAACAACCAGAUACAGCCAGAAAACUGUAAGGGUGUUUAUAAGAUCCACUGCUUUUUAACAGGAAGUUGAGUAACCUAACAAUCUAAAAUAUACACUUUGUAUUUCAACCUUCUUUUGUUGUUAAAUAACCGAAAGGGACAAAGAUACACGAGCAUGAAACGACUCCAAAGAGAAGCAAACACUGGAGCUUCACACAAAUAUUUGAGGCCAAAUAUCAAGGCUGGAUUCAGACCUUUAGACUGUUGACCUGUUCGUGAAUCAUUCCUCAGAUUUCAAAAUCAUUCCAAACAGUGUCAGUGUGUCGGGGUGGACAGUUGUGUUCUUUUCACCUUGUAAGCACAUCAUGUAAAUGUUAUUGACCUUUGUAAAGCGGUGUCUAACCCGUGUUCUUGGAACUACCUGAUGUUUCCACAGUGGAGAAAUUACAUCAAUCUGCACAAUCAAUAAAGAUACUAUGUUCACUUCA